GCGGCUUUUUCUUUUGGGGACAAGAAGGAUGAUAACACUUGGAUUUUGAUAUCGUCUUCCUCCCUGCCACAUUCUUUACUGUCGUUCAUUUUCUGCCUUUGCCAUUGUUGUCCUGGAGCUAAGAUCCGAGCAGUCAUACGAGACGAGACCGGCGGGGGAAUUCUAGUACCCCCCACGAGCUUUGCUUCCGUUGCGAGCCAUUGUAUUUCACAACACCGCCAUGAAUGGUAAUGGACAUGUGGUGAACGGCCAAACGGCUGUCAUGGCGAACGGAGUCCCGCGCACUCCUCCCUCAGACUGGGUUGUUCAAAAGUUCGGAGGUACAAGCGUGGGCAAAUUCGCCCACCAGAUUGUCGAGCAGGUCAUCCAGUAUGUCAUACUCUUUUCUCGCAUGACCUUUUCCCCCCAUGAAGGCAGCAUCAUUGCUAACUGUUAUUGUUUUACCUAGACCGAGCACCCUUACAAACCAUGUUGCUGUAGUAUGCUCUGCUCGAAGCAGUUCUUCAAAGGCGGACGGGACCACUAAUCGGUGAGUCAAACGCAAGACGCACCAGGAGAGAGGUGGUGUGACUCCAGGAACGAGCUGCUAAUAUGACAAUUCAAUGUAGGCUCCUACGGGCAGCACGAGAAGCAGAGAAUCCGCAAUCCUCACAAUACAAGACCCUCGUCGAUAUAGUACUGUCGGAACACAUAAGCGUCGCAAACGAUCUUAUCCACUCCACCGACCUGAGAUCCCAAUUGGUUUCCGAGUUUGAUGCGGAAUGCCAACGGGUAUUGAAAAUACUAGAAGCUGCUCAAACACUUGGAGAAGUUAGUAGCAGAUGCGUGGAUAUGGUCAUAAGUGCCGGCGAGAAACUAAGCUGCCGACUCAUGGCUGCAUUGUUAAACGACCGAGGAGUUGGUGCUGCCUACAUUGACUUGUCUGAUGCCAUAGACUUUGCUGCCGGCGUUCAAGUGUUGGAUCAGGAGUUCUAUGACCGUCUAGCCAAGCUCUUUGCCGAAAGAGUAAAUGCCUACCCUGGCAAAGUACCUGUACUCACUGGCUAUUUUGGCCUCGUUCCAGGAGGUCUCUUGGACAAGAUUGGGCGUGGAUAUACUGAUCUUUGUGCUGCAUUGGUAGCUGUUGGAUUGAAUGCCCAGGAAUUACAGGUCUGGAAGGAAGUGGAUGGAAUUUUCACUGCUGACCCUAGAAAGGUUCCCACGGCACGGCUACUCUCUGCUAUUACCCCGGCAGAAGCGGCUGAGCUUACCUUUUAUGGUUCGGAAGUUAUCCACCCUUUCACCAUGGAGCAGGUCAUCCGGGCCAAAAUACCUAUCAGAAUCAAAAACGUCAUGAAACCGAAGGGUAGCGGAACCAUAAUAUUCCCUGACUCACGCUCAGAACUAGAGCGAACCACACCCGGUCACGAUCCCAAGUUCUUCCGCACACGAGGCCCUCACUUUUGGGCUCACAGCGAAGGCCCUAAACGACCAACUGCCGUCACAGCAAAACAUAAAAUUUUGGUUAUCAACAUUCACUCUAAUAAACGAUCGCUCUCACAUGGAUUCUUUGCUGGGAUAUUUUCUGUCCUUGACAAGUGGAGACUAUCUAUCGACCUUAUCUCGACUAGCGAGGUACAUGUUUCCCUGGCUUUACAUUCGGAAUUACCUCUUCUCAAUGGUGUUGGCCGCGAUGAAUACCAAAUCAUCGACGAAGACCUUCGUGGGGCAAUCCAGGACUUGCGAAGAUAUGGAACGGUAGACAUUAUACCCGAGAUGGCCAUUUUGAGUCUUGUCGGACAGCAGAUGAAAAAUAUGGUUGGCGUAGCUGGUCGCAUGUUCUCCGUACUCGGAGAACACAAUGUGAAUAUCGAAAUGAUUUCACAAGGCGCCAGCGAAAUCAACAUAUCCUGCGUGAUAGAAGAACGUGAUGCCGACCGAGCCAUCAAUAUCCUUCACACCAAUCUCUUCACUUUCCUCGAAUAAUCUGGCCUCUACAGAAUAGGCUAUUUGCAUCAUCUCAAGCGAUAUUUCAUAUGCCUUUAAAAAAAUAUUGGCCAGUUU